GGAAGAUAGGGGUUUAAGAGCGGGAGGUUUUCGACGCGAAGCUGAUAAGGCCGUUCUCAAUGGAGGCAAUUGGGUCUCAGUCUCUGCUCUCCUUCUCCUCUAAUCUCUGCAAAACAAAAGUUGUUAUUAAUGCAAAUGUUAACAAUGUUAAAGUCAAUGGGAGAUUGAAGAUAGUGUGCCAGGGCAUGUUAGCUCCAAGAAAGUUUAUGCAGAGGAGGAAGAAAGUGGAAGUUUUUAAAGAUGCUGCCGAUGAAGCAAAACAGAAGAACUGGAGAAGGUUGAUGAAAGAAAUAGAAGAUGAAGGUUCAGCAGUGUCUGUUCUCAGAAACCAAAGGAACAAAGGGGAUCCGCUUCCUAGGGAUCUAGUUCUUGGUACCCUUGUGAGAUUCAAGCAGCUGAAGAAAUGGAACCUUGUUGCUGAGAUUCUUGAUUGGCUUAGAUGCCAGCACUGGUGGGACUUCAGUGAGAUGGAUUUUUUGAUGCUCAUCACAGCAUAUGGAAAGCUAGGAGAUUUUAACAGGGCAGAGAGGGUGUUGAAAUAUAUGAACAAGAAAGGUUACACGCCUAGUGUGAUAUCUCACACUGCCUUGAUGGAAGCAUAUGGCAGAGCUGGACAAUUCAAUAAGGCUGAAACAGUGUUCCGAAGGAUGCAGUUGUCAGGUCCUGAGCCGUCACCAGUGACAUACCAGAUAAUCCUUAAAACCUUCGUCGAGGGAAAUAAAUUUAACGAAGCUGACGCUGUUUUUCAAAGCCUUUUGACUGAAGAGAGAGCUCCUUUCAAGCCUGAUCAGAAAAUGUUUCAUAUGAUGAUUUACAUGUACAAGAAGGCAGGAAACUAUGACAAAGCUCGGAAAAUAUUUGGUCAAAUGGCUGAUAGGGGAAUCUCCCAAUCCACUGUUACAUUCAAUAGCCUUAUGUCCUUUGAGACCAGCUACAAGGAGGUGUCUAAUAUUUAUGACCAGAUGCAAAGGGCUGGACUUCGACCUGAUGUUGUCAGCUAUGCACUACUUAUAAAGGCAUAUGGAAACGCCAGACGGGAGGAUGAAGCCUUGGCAGUCUUUGAAGAGAUGUUGGAUGCUGGUGUGAGGCCAACACGCCAAGCAUAUAACAUUUUGCUUGACGCAUUCGGAAGAUGUGGAAUGGUAGAAGAAGCUAAGACAGUUUUCAAGAGUAUGAGAAGGGACCGGUGCAAUCCCGACCUCUGCUCUUAUGCAACUAUGCUGUCUGCAUAUGUGAAUGCCUCCAAUAUGGAAGGUGCCGAAAAAUUCUUUAAGAGACUGAAAGACGACAGAUUACAACCUAAUGUUGUUACCUAUGGGACACUGAUGAAAGGUUAUGCAAAAGAAAAUGACCUCGAGAAAGUAAUGCAGGUAUAUGAGCGAAUGCGGAUGGAAGGCGUUGAAGCUAAUCAGACCAUCUUUACUACAAUCAUGGAUGCCCACGGCAAGAACUCCGACUUUGGUAGUGCUGUUAUUUGGUUCAAAGAGAUGUGUUCUCGUGGACUCCCACCGGACCAGAAAGCGAAGAACAUCCUGCUCUCAUUGGCUAAGGCACCUGAAGAACAAGCUGAGGCUAGAGUGCUGGUGGGUGAAUCUGUUAGCAAGCUUUCGCUCAAUACAGUAAAUGAGCUUUCUCAGGUUCUUGACGAUGACGAUGACGGGGAGCAGGAGGAGGAUGAUGAUGUCUCCGCUCCUGAUCUUGGUAACACUACUGGUGAAAAGUUGAACGAGUUUGAUGACGAUGAUGAAGACGAUGAGGAUGAUGUCGAUACCAGUUUGGAUUCUUUUGAUGCCAAUCAUCUUAUAAGUUCCAGAGGUUGAAAGUUUUGAUAUCUGUAUCAUUUGAUUGCAUGUAUAGAAAUUAUUUUCUCAAGUCUUAUCUUUUCUGAGACAAUGUCUUUGAGGAAUUUGGAAUUCCAACAGAUUCUUGCA